UCGACCCCCCACGAAGAUAAAGCUGUUUUUCUUCUACGGCCUAGACUGCAAAACAGUCGGUUUUUUCCUCAAAAUCAGUAAAGAAAUCGGUAACGCGUGGCGUAAGAGUCUUAUGCGCGCGAACCGCACGAGCCUCACACGCCCGUAGGGCGUGUGAGGCGAGAGAGAAAAAAACCGACUGUCCGUUUUCCAUACAAUGAGUUCGUUCCGACCAGGGGGUUCAAAAAUGUCGUCGAGCUGUCAAAAAUCUGUUCACAACCCCGCCCUCUUUAUGAAAUUGAUACACUCGGUGACUGAUUUCGAGGGAGAAUACCGCGUGUUAUUGUCUGCACUUUGCUUCGAAUCUUGACGCUGUAAUCCGGUAAUUCUAAAGCAUUUUUUGGCGUUGCUUCUGUGUGAAAUGUAGUAUAUAUAGUGGAGGAUCAAAAAUGAGUGGAAGUGGCUGUACAACAACAAAGCCUGCCUGCUCCUCGAAGAGGGAGAAAGCCGAAAGUGCCAAGCGCUUCGGAUAAAUUGUAGAAUGUGCGGCUGUUGUUUCAAAACACAGUUCGGCAAUUCUACGAGUGGAUGGAUAAGAUCUGAAAAUGUGUUUGUUGCGCCUACCAGAAAAGGAGAAACGUUACCAAAGUGGGCCGACCUACAAAAAAACGAAAAGUUCGUUGUCCCCAAGGAAGUAGAAUCUUUCUCCACAAGAGUUUUCUCCUCGUGCGGAACAAAGGUUAGAAACUGCCCCGGGAAACUGCACGGCGAUGCUUUCGCAAAUUAGAGAAGAACUGAACACGCCAACUGACAAUGAACAAUUAUUGCGAUUGAAAAGAAUGAGUAAAUCCCCUCAUUCCAAUCCACGUCUUGGUGAUUUAGCUCUGUAAAUCACUAUCUGUGAGAAUUUAAAAUCCUGCUACUAAAAAACCCUAACGAGCUUGGCCCAGCGUGACAAAACAUUGCAGGAAAUAGUCACAUUCACGGACAUAAAGAAAAUCGCUUAAAAUUAUUCAAAUCCAGGAGGCACUUUGGAGAAAUAAAACAACCUAAAACCCUUAAUCAGCCGCAAUGAAGAGCUUGACAUUCUAAAGGGGCCAAGAAAGAAAACGGUCUUGCAUCAGAGGGCAAAUCAUGCCGACUAGAGAAAAUCAAUAUGCGUGUCACGACCUGUCAGUAUGAAAUAUAUUUAAUAAGCGGCCAAAAUUCACGAUUGCUCAGUCAAAACGUUUUCCUCCAAAGCAUAAUCUACUCGAAAGAGAAAACAAUUCAUUGGAACAAGCAGCAUUUUUGCAUCAGGUGAAAGUCGUGUGUUUCCUACCGAUCCCCCUUUUUUAGCUAGGCAAGUUGCACACCUUUUGUUUGACUGCUCGCGCGUACUUGAAUACGCAAAAAUACGGACUGUUUUGCAGUCUAUCUACGGCCACGCAUUUUAAUUCUUAAAGUUGCAAAAAACUUUCGAGAAACUUUCUUUCGAGGCGUUAAAUUAAUUAGGGUUGAAAUGAUGUAGUCACAUGAAACGUGACGUCAUAAUGAUAUUCAAAAAGAAAUUCAAAAUGGGGUAGGAAUGGUUGAUUACAACACAGGCGGCCCAGACUUAGUAUGUGUCACUGAAUGAAUAUAUUAAUAUUCACAUGGACAAAUUAAUGCGAUGAGUCGUCGAAACUCCAAUGAACUAAAAUAGUCCAAAAAUCAAAAUACAACAAAAUAAAGCUAAAAUACCUUUAACUGAACGUAUCCUUGUCUUUCCUGGCCGGUUAAAAUGGCAUUUUGUUGAGUUUUGCAAUUGUAGGUACUAUCCACUAAAGAAGAAUUAAAGACUGGCUACAAAACAAACGGACCAUCUCCACGCGCCUUCACACGAAGCGCUAUAAAUUCAAGAAUAAUCGACGAAUCCGCUCCAAAUUGCCAUCGGCUAAUCUGCAGGUAACAUGGGCUCCUGCUUCUUGCUCGCUGUUUUCACAAAACCCAUCGCAACUACACAAUAAUCGCUCACUCAUCAACAAACACUGUUGACCUUUACGCUUCGAUAUGACCGCAAACUACCAGGUAUAAUACGCGACGUGAAUAUUCAAGCUUAGCGACCGCGAUCGCGCAACAAUGCAGCACUUGCUAUGGGAGGGAUGGUACUAUUGCUUCUAGGUCAAUCGACACUGACCGAAGGUUCGCUGCGUUAGUUUUGACCAGAAAACAAAAGGCGAUCGCGCGACCGUCCGUAACUUUUCAACAGGGCGGCCCUGGUUUUCAAGUUCGAAUUCUUCAAACGUUCGCUGUCACAGCUGCUGUCACAUUGUUCGUCCAGCUGCUUGCAUAGGUUCACCUAUUUGCUUGGAUUAAUUAAAUAAACAAUUCUUUCCAGAACUACGUCUUACUCUACAAAAUGUUGUCCAAACUGGUGAGGGAGGCGAGGAUUUUCCGCCUAGGAAAAAGGAAAAAUCUGGCCUCGGCUAUGCAGGUGAAUAGAAUCGAGAAUAGAAGAUACAGCUGAAGAUAUGGUAAAGUAAAAUUUAUGUGCACGAUAUCUUUUUUUUAUUGUUAUUAUUUUCAAAACUCAGUCAACUCAGCGGCACCCAACGACGAUUUCCCCCUAAAUGCAUUGAAAACACUUUUAAGGCUGUCCAGAGUACUUUAGAUCUCUAAAAAUGCGUUCUAAGCGGCGCUAAUACAUAGGUUUAGUCAGGAGGGCUAAAAGCGAAGCUCUAGAUAAUAUUUAUAGUUUGCUCAUACUAAAUUUAAAAUCGUGUAAUGCUAAGUGGAGAAGGCAACGAGACAAGGGCACCCAACGACAGUUUCCUCAAAUACAUUGAAAACACUUUUUUAGUCAUAACGUACUUUUAGCUUGGUAUCUCAGUGUUCGGCCAUUGUAGGGGAACUUGAGUCUUUUCAAAAUUACGAGGAAUUCAGGAUUAUUUUCCUGAAAAAGUUAGAUGCAAUUUAACGUAUUACGAAGGAGAUAAUUUUUCAGAUUCCUUCUUUCAUCACAUUUUUGAAUCCGAAAAUUUUAGGAUUCCUUCUUAUCUACGAAAAAUAGCCUAACCCGGGAGUGAAAUGUGAAAAAUUAUUCAGAAAUCGUAGGGAAUUUAUUAGCAUGAUUAGAUGAGCUUCGAAAAUUGUACAUGGAUGAAAUGGUCAUCUAGAAAUGUUUUGCCAAGUGACAGCUGAAGUGAAAGAAAAUUCUAGGCAAAAUUUGCUUCUCCGAACAGAUAUUUUACAGAAAACAGUCGUUUGAUGCCCAGAGUUGUGAAAAACAACAAUAGGUCUAAUUGCAGCACACUUUUUUGUACAUUUCCUUGCCUUUGAUUGCAUGACUAUAACGUGAAACGUCCUGUUCACGUUUUUAUGGAGGAAAUGUGGUACAUGUUCUCGUUCACUUUUUCCAGUGCCGCUCAUUUCUUUUAGCUCCGCUAUAAAAUUCGUAUCUGUUCGGAUAUCCUAGGGCAAAUUGGAUCUUUUUGAAAAUUACAAGGGCUUCAAUAUUAUUUUCCCGAUUGAUUGACCUAGAAGCAAUAGUACCAUCCCUCCCAUAGCAAGUGCUGGAUUGUCGCGCGGACGCGGUCGCUAAGCUUGAAUAUUCACGUCGCGUAUUAUAUCUGGCAUCCUCGGAGACCCAGGGGCAGUUAGUCGGGUCGAUAAAAUGUUCGUGGUGAAAGUUUACUGUAAGAUCGAGACGAGCCCCUGGGCACUUACUCUUACCGAACCAGUUCCAGAAGCGUUUGAAUUGCCUGCUUCUGAUUGGCCAGAAAAAAAUUUUUCUGGCCAAUCAGCGAAGAGAAGCUGCCGGAUGACUCUCGCGGUUUCUUUCACGACGUAGUUUUCCUCAUCGACCGCCAUAGUUGCGUAGCGCGUUCAACGGGGAAAGUUUCUCGACGAAAGUUUCAGAACAAAAUGUUAACAACCCGCAAAAUUGCAACCUUUAGCACGGCUACAAGAAACGAUGAAUUUUUAGGGCGGAUCUUUCCAAGGUAUCGUAAAUUGUUAUUGCUGAUACGAUACAGCUCGAUACGCGAUGCAUGACUUUCACUUUCCACACCUUAAUUUGUUCACAUUGUCUAGUAUACAACACCAAGCUUACAUUUUAGAUGUCCAUGUUCGUUGCACGACUUCUGAAACUUUCUACAGCGUGAAAAUUUCCGUUGCACGGGCCACGCAACUACGUCGAUUGAUCGUGGGAAAUGCCGGGCUUACAGCAGUUGACCGUACUAAUUCUGCCGAAGUUGAUAGUAGUGUUAACUUUAGAUUCGAGGGAGACCUCCAGCAAGCGCUUGAAGAAUUAGAAGGCUUGUCUUUGUUUCCUGUGGUACAGUGGUACAGUUCAAAGCGAAGCAAAGAUUUAUUAUUGAGAAGAUUGUGGAAAGAAGAGAUGUUUUUGGGCAUUGAUAGAAUAGUCUAUCCUUCCAAAUGUUGCCUAUAAGCUAGGGGGUUUAAAAAUCGUUAGAUGCUAAAGGUUAUGAAUUCCCUAGUAAUCCAUUGGUCAUAGUGAUUUCACCUCUCAUGUCAAUUUUUGUGGACCAGGUUAAGUACUCGAGGUCACUAGGAAUUUAGGCCGCUUUCUUAGGGGAAAGCAAAACAAAAGAUCAGAAACAUUGAAUGGAUAGGGAGCGUUUUCUUUGUUGUAUGGAAACCCGGAAUCAUUAACUGGGGGACAAGAAUGUUCUUUAAGGAGUUUUACCAGAAGAAUCCUGUUACAGGUACAUACAGCUGUUCAUUGGUAAGUAUGCUGAUUUGUUUACUAGGAAGGUUGCUACAAUGAAUUCAUUGUGGGGAGUUCUGAAGGGGUAAAAUGGGAUGUUGUUGCUCUGGAAAAAUGGGAUUUAAGUCACUGGCAGGGGGAUUCUAUCACUGAGAAUGGGAAAAAAAAUGUAAAAAAUGGGAAUUGAGGGUUAAACAGUUUCAAUGGGAUUGAUAUCCCCCCUUCAGGACCCUCAAUAUACUUAACAGUAGAUCUGGCUUUUAUUCAAGGAUGCUCAGUAAUCUUAUGUCUAAAAGCUGACAAACUUUUCACAAGAAUUGUCGUGCUUUUUUUGUCACCAUUUAUUGACAAUUGAAAGCUGAUGAAGUAAGCCUUGUGACUGCUUAAGAUAAUAGUGCGAUUGAACAUUUACAUAUUAUAAAUGGAAAAACACCCCAUAAUACAGAACUACAGAUGCCAUUACAUGAAUUUUAUUUUUAAGCUGUUGAGAUUUUUUUACUUACUUCUUUAUUGGAGUUCACAUGUCUACUUAUAAUACUGCUUGAGUUAUAUAAUAUUUUAUUUUAUUUUAAUUUGUUGUUUCUUUCUGUCCCAAAGGGUUUGUUUUACUAGGUGGCCAACAAGUAUACUUGAGUAUAUUAUUUGAAAACUAUCUAGAAAAAUGGGGUGUGCAUUAUAUUCGGGUGCACAUUAUACACAAGUAAAUAUGGUAUACCUACAUAUAACAUACAAAAACUGUUUUCCAACACUCUCUGGAAAAUAGGGAACUGUGCUGAAAUUGUCUCUUACUAUUUUCGAUAAUUCUAAAAGUCUUUCUUCUUUUAGAUUUCAUUAAGCGUACAACCUGUAGAAGAGAAAAAAACUCCUUCCUUUUUUGAUGACAGUAAUGAAAACAGCAGAAUCAUUCCAAGCCACUUAUGUUGCGACAUCAGCGCCAAAGACUGUUAGUCUGCUUAAAGAAAAUCAAUGAUCUGUGACAGGAAUUCAAGAAUCAAAUCUUCACUGUUUGUAUUCUAGAAUUUGUAUUCUCUGAUUGUCUUCUACACGAAACAAUAAUUGAUAGUUGUAAUACGUUAUGUUCUGUGGAAAGUAUUUUAAAGACACUGUGUGGAAUGGUGACCAUGCGAUGAAGAUUUUUACCUUUCUGAAGAGGGUGUUUAAAGAUUUAAAAAUAAUUAUCAAUGAAGAAUAUUAUUGUCAGAUGAGGAGAAUUAUGAUAGGGAAGUUAUGAAAUAUCAAACAAAUGCACCAAAGGAAAAUUGUUAAUAUGGCAGCAUUAUUUUUUCAAAAUAAGUCCAAUCUUGUACCAUCAAUUCCAAGGGAGUUAAAACAAUGGCACUGUGGAUGUGUUUGGGGGGGUCAGUAAGGGGAAACAUCAAGUCAAUCAUAGAUAAAUAGUUUGGCAAAACAAAACCAAUAUUAUGUGAAAUUACUUUGCAUGUAUCUUAUAAUAAAAAUUCAUUUCUACUAUAUUAGCCAUAAUUCUAAUCACAGUGAAGAUUAACCCAGGUUCUCUUAUGCGGUUUAGUAAGCCAGAGACCCAGGUCCUUGAAAUCAAGAGCUGAAGUUGGAUCUUUGGAAAGUGUCCCUAUUGCUUGGUCUCUUCUCCCUGGAAUUUCCUUGAGAGAGUUCACUUCUUGUAAAGUUUUAGUGACUACAAAAAUAUCUAUAUGGACAUCCCACCCUUCCACGAUUUCUCAACUCUGUACCUACACGUGUCACACACUGCGCGUUUAUUGCCCUCCAAAACUUUCACACCAACCACUUUCAAACAUUUUCGCAAGCUCACCUUUAUUUUUUUUUCUUCACUUAUCCGUCAAAAUAAACCCACACAACCUGCAAAAAUCGACCUCACUUAACAAGUCAGGAUUCAGCACAUAACCGGACCGAGAUUUCGAACUAAACACAACGGCUGUAUUUAAAAUACGUACGGUAAGGGAUCGAGUUUGGCGCGAAAGCAAGAAGGUGCGUGUACUGCAGCAAGCCAGCAAUUCCCACGAUCAAUCGACGUAGUUGCGUGGCCCGUGCAACGGAAAUGUUCACGCUGUAGAAAGUUUCAGAAGUCGUGCAACGAACAUGGACAUCUAAAAUGUAAGCUUGGUGUUGUAUACUAAACAAUGUGAACAAAUUAAGGUGAGGAAAGUGAAAGUCAUGCAUCGCGUAUCGUAUCAGCAAUAAAAAUUUACGAUACUUUGGAAAGAUCCGCCCUAAAAAUUCAUCGGAGAGUUUUUGUUUCUUAUAGCCGUGCUAAAGGUUGCAAUUUUGCGGGUUGUUAACAUUUUAUUCUGAAACUUUCGUGGAGAAACUUUCCCCGUCGAACGCGCUACGCAACUACGGCGAUCGAUGAGGAAAACUACGUCGUGUAAGAAAACACGAGAGUCACCCGGCAGAUUCUCUUCGCUGAUUGGCCAGAAAAAAAUUUUCUGGCCAAUCAGAAGCAGGCAAUUCAAACGCUUCUGGAACUGGUUCGGUAAGAGUAAGUGCCCAGGGGCUCGUCUCGAUCUUACAGUAAACUUUCACCAAGAACAUUUUAUCGACCCGACUAAAAAGCAGGAGCCCACGUUACCUGCAGAUUAGCCGAUGGCAAUUUGAAGCGGAUUCGUCGAUUAUUCUUGAAUUUAUAGCGCUUCGUGUGAAGGCGCGUGGAGAUGGUCCGUUUGUUUUGUAGCCAGCCUUUAAUUCUUCUUUAGUGCAUAGUACCUACAAUUGUAAAACUCAACAAAAUGCCACUUUAACCGGCCAGGAAAGACAAGGAUACGUUCAGUUAAAGGUAUUUUAGCUUUAUUUUGUUAUAUUUUGAUUUUUGGACUAUUUUAGUUCAUUGGAGUUUCGACGACUCAUCGCAUUAAUUUGUCCAUGUGAAUAUUAAUAUAUUCAUUCAGUGACACAUAUUACGUCUGGGCCGCCUGUGAUUACAACUAAGUUAGAACCAUGUGUAAAUGUUUGUUUUACCGUGCGAAUUUUUUCCGUGGCUGGAACGGAGAGAAUUUUUAAUUUCUUAAAAAUAUAUUAACGGGUGAAAAGUGUCACGUGACCAAUUUUGCUUAAUUACUAAUUAAACAAAAACGUGAGUCAACCAUUCCGGCCCGGAUUCAAGCGAGAAAUGAUGAUCCAAUUGUCGUAGAUUUGUUUGUUAUAUAAUUUUACAGUUGUUUUGUUACAUAAGUUAAGUUUUAGGAUGACACUUUGUGUAAGCGUACUUCGCAUGUCUCGCUUGCGAAAUAGCACGUGUAUUAGGGGGUCGCAAUAAAAGUUCGUUUUGCAUGAACUACUAGACUCGAAUAUACUUCAACAAUAACAAAAAUAUUGUAUUUAAUAUAUACUGUGUGGCAUCUCGCCACCCCAUUUUUAGUUUUCUGUUCUUUCCUGGACUCGACUAUAAUUGGUCACGUGACACAGAUAUCUGAUUUCUUACGUUACAGGAAAAUGAAGGUUACCGAUUUUUCCGAGAUUGCCAAAUUUUGGAAGGUUCUGAUGAAUUUUCCCAAAGUUAUGACCAUUAUAAGAUUUUAUGCAAAUUAGCCUCAGGUCAUGCCUUAACAUGCCUGAGUUUAAAUAUUGAUAAAGUUUUAAUAACUAAGGAGGGCAAAAUCAUUAUACACUGUAGUUGUAAACUUGAGUAUAUAACAUCCCAGAAAAAUCAGUACCCGACAAAACAAGCCAAACAAUCUAUUCGCUUUAAAUUGAACACUUUGAACUCUUUAGAACAAAAUCCUUCUUGGUACUUUUUCCUUUGGCUAUUUUUUCUAUAUGAUGUCGAAACUCGCUUAGCUACCACCCAAAAUGUGAAGAUUUAGGGCUCUCUUGCGGGAAAAAUUACGAGAAAGCUUGGCAAGAGUUAAUCAGUGAUGGACAAAGUGACGUACUUGAACUGUUAGGAAUAAAAAAAACUUUCUGCGGCUAGGUAAUCAGCAUUUAGAGAUAUGUUUCAUAUUUUCCCAAAUCAAUGCUUAUCACUCCUGUGAUCUUCACAUCGUUUGUUGCUGCGCGCUUAAUACCUACCCCCAUUCCAAUUAAAUUGUUUUUUAUUGCAUUUGCUCAUGUAUCCCCAUGUAUUCCCAUGAUCAUGCAUUUUGAUUUCAGAAGACGAAUCUCUCGAUGGUAGAAAAGCAAAACGACUUAAAUUAGACGAAGAUCAAGAAAAAUCAUUUUACAUUCAGGAAUGGCAUGCUAAACAGUCCUUCUACAUCCCACAUAGCGAUAAAAACAGCAUAAUAUCAGAAACAUGCGACAGUGGAAUAGGGUCAUCAUUGUAUCCACCGUCUGAGCUCGGAAUAGAAGACACCAGCGGUAAGCUCAGUUAAACUUUCUAAUUUCCUUGCUUUCUGUGGCUAUAAAAACACCUGAUCCAGACAUCACUUUUUGUCUGUCUUACUCUGUGUGACAAAGGUAUCAAACAAAGAACGUUAUCCUCUACACUUUAUAUCUAGCAUUUAUUAGAAAUAAUUUAAAACACUGCGUGUGUAGGAUAGCUGAUAUAUUUCCCGUUCAAGUUGUAGAUGGUGUCACAUACUCUGCAAUAACAAUAACAACAAUGUAUUUUUAAUUAUUUAAAGAAUCAUGAAGUCUAUAAUUCUUUAUGCCCUGCAAAUAGCUAUUAAUGCUAAUAAAGCAGGACAACAAUUUUGAAUAAAGGCGUCAUUGAAUAACACAAGAAAAAAGGAAGAGAAAAGAAAUAGAACAACACGCGCAGAAAAAAAAAAAAACCCACACAAACUCAAGCACAGGGGUUUUGUUAUUUUAAAAAAAGACUAAAAUUACAACUGUAGGUAUAUACAACGUAUCAGGUUAACUUCAAUCGAGGCAAUUUUGCUAUGCUUUUUUACACUAAUCUACAUUAUGAUGUUUAAAACAUCGGAUAGAAAAAAAGGGGCUCCAAAAAUUGAAUCGUGCGGAAAAUAGAUAAACAUUUGUUUCUUUUUUACAUGAAAAGUGCAAGAAAAAGCGGAGCAGUCAUUUCCCGUUCUUGCGGACGUACUGUCUAAAUAAGAAUUACAACCGUAUCUACAGCGAAGGUUUAACUUUAUUUUCUCACUAAUUUUAUGUUGGUUGUUAAGAAUUUACUUUUCCCUUGAAUUUAUAGAUUUCCGUUCUAAACUAUACCUGAAAGAUCUAAAUGAAGAAUUGACUACAGAAUUCGCGUGGAGGCUUCAAGCUGACCCAGUUGCGCUUGAGAGAUUUUGUAAAUCAUUUGGGCUUAAUUCAUCACAAGUGACUGAAUUAACUACGACAGCACUCUUGAAAAUUUUUCCUGAUACUUCAGUUAAUUCUUUAAAAGACGUUUUGAAAACGUUAAAAUUGUAUGACCUCGUUGAGAUUUUGGAAGAAGCAACAAAACCACGUGCACUUCGUCCCAGGCUUUCCCUAAAAGAAAUAGAAAACUUAACUUCGGAUGUUAGUAAUCGUCCAACAAAGUUUUACAAUAGAGCGGAGGUUUUGAUCAUCAAUUUCUUUGAAAGCGAUCCUGAAGAAGGAGCCGAAGAAAUCGGAUCUUUUUUUCAAGAAAUAAAUUCAGAAAACGGAGUAACUUCAUUGACAGCAAAUACUUCUGGGAAAUUGUUUGAAGAUUUGGCAAAGUUGAAGGAAAACACUUCUAAAAAAGAUAACGAAAUAAUGCAAGCUGAACAGAUGGAGAAGUCGUUACAAGACAAACUGGAGAAGAUGGCAGCGCACAGUGGAUCUUACGAAGAGGAGCAAGUGAUGCAAAGACAAUUAAAAGAGCUUGCAGAGGGGAGGAAACAGCUGACGAAAGAAAGAAUUCACAUUAACGAGGAGAUGAAGAAAAAGGAAGAGGAACUUAACAGAGAAAAAGAAAAGUUCAAAUUGGCUGUUACAGAUGUCGUCGACAAAUGGAUCGAACAGUCACAUGACGGUAAGUGGAUACAGUGGACUCUCUUUAAUACGGUCACCAAUGGGCCAAAACAAUUUGGCCAUAUUAACGGGUGACCGUAUUAACGAGGGUUUUUUUUUCUACAAGAAAAUGUAUGGCCGUUUUGCCGCGCGGCCAAAAAAAGUGACCGUAAUAACGAGGUGACCUUAUAAUGAUUACUGAGGUGGCCGUAAGGCGGUGUUCCACUGUAGUUUGCAUUGCAUCAAUCAUGGCACUUUGACGACGGGCUGGAAGGGGAAGGCUCUUAUAUUGAUUGAAGAGAGAAGUCUCAAACGCGAGUGAAAACUUAACAUGGGGCGGCUCUGUCCCAAGGUCCAACCCCUUACCCUUUUAAUAUAUAGCAUUUUUAACAGAAAAGGUUCCCUUUUUUAUUUACCUUCUAUUUAACAAAUGGUACCCCUUUCACAUACCUAGUUUAGAACUCUUACUAACUACUGUAAAUCAGUGCACUGUCUUUAAAAUAUUGAAAUUACAAAAUCAAAACGUUUCUGAGACCUUUCCACAGUCAGAAAAUACAUUUGCAAGCCCUUUUGGUCCUUUUUACAGACCGAAACGACCGUCCUUACCAAACCAUAUGUAUUUUGAAACUGAUUUUAAAGUUUCGCCCCUGUUUGAAAUAUAUCUUGAGUGUAGUUAAAUUGUAUUUCAUUAAAAGGAAAACCUCUCUCAUCAAUUUACAAUGUAUUUUGUUUAAUAAAUAUGAGUAAAAUAGGGCAUUUAAAAUCUAUUUUGGGCAUAGAAGCACUAACACUGUUACAAACAGAAUUCAGAUAGACUAUUUGAAAUAUGUUUAAAGGGCUUUAUGCUGACUGUAUUUUAAAUCCUUUUAAAUAGGGUACUUUAACGCUGUAUUGAGUUGUAUCUAAAAUGUAUUUUGAGACGCAUCCACUCACAAAGUUACAAACAUAGUUAAAUAGACUAUUUGAAAUAUGUUUUAAAACCUUAAGGUGACUCGACCCAGUCUUUUUUUUGGGGGGGGGGAGGGGGGGUACCAUCCUACUUUGAAGCUCUCUGGUAUCCUCACCUUUACUUUUAUCGUAAGUCUAACACAUAGAAUGGAUAACAUAUAGAUCAAUCUACAAUAUAACAUAAAAUUUUUGGUGAUAGUAGUAAAUGUCACGUGGUUAUAAUGCCACGCCCUUUUGAGGUCUGUGUCGAAAAUCUGCUGUUGCCGGCAUUUUUUCGUGAAAAUCUCUCGGCUACACAUAGUGCACGUUAGUGCCUUGCGCUGAACAGAGUUUCACCAAAAUCGCAAAGACCCAAUUCGAGAAAUUUAGCGGUUUCCAAAUUUAGGUCAUAAUUAAUUUAUGCGAAAAUGAUAAGCAAACUUUACACGAUUAUAUCUAAUAAACUAUGAGACUUAUCCUUUAUUUCGGGCAUCGUUAUAACAGAUGGGUCCUUGCAAGUCAGCAAAAAGCUUUAGGGCCUUGUAAAUGCGCGCGAUUUCGAGCAAAGCAAACAUAUAGAAAUUAUAGUUUUAGCAAUUUGUUGACGUUUGUCAGCGUUUAAGAGUCCUUCUCACGAAAAAAGCAUUUUCUUAAAAAUUCGUAGUUUUUUCCCUUCAAAAUUUUUCAUUGUAUGUUGUUCUUUAUCAGCCAAUAGUUAAUGUUCAGGCGUAGCCUGCAAGCUUCUGAUUUGAGUAAAGCCGUGAAUAUAAUAAACAAUGUAAGCUACAUGUAUGUAGAUUAUUAUUUACCGAAAACGUGAGUAACGCAACACCCUUUUGAAGUCGAAGAUUGAUAGCCUGUGUACAGACCCCCCUCCCCUUCGAUUUUUAUUGAGGGGAGGGGGUCUGCACACAGGCUAACUAAUGAUUUCAGCAUUUCUGAAAAAUUCCAUAAGAAUUUCCAGAGAAUUCGUUGGGAAAUCAACGUAAAGUAAUCGGCUAAGCGAUAAUUCUCGUGAAAUCCUAGCCUAGGACUGUGUGGAGAAAUUUCGCAGAGGUAAAUCUUGCUUUUUCAGAGUAAUUUUCGACAGUUUUGUAUUCAUUUUAUUUCAUGAAUUUAAAUGGUAUUUCCAUCCUGUUUUUGUACUGUUUUUAUGCUCUUUCGACCGAUUUUUGUACUGUUUUCAGACAACUCUAAGGCUAUUUUCUUACAAUUUUAUACUGUUUUUGCAUUUUUGCAUCCUGUUUUUAAUGUAUUUUCACAAUAUAUGCGAGCUAUUGCUUUUCUUCUUCUGUGGUAUUUUAAUACUAUUUUCAAGUAUUUUUAUUGUAUUUGCAAAUACGAAUAUUUUUCUAAAUUUCGAAACCGAUUAAACAGCUAUUAAAAUAUAUUUUGAAGCAUAACAUUUUAACAGCGUUUUAAACAGGUUAAAACACCUUUAAAAUCAGUCGAAAAAUAUAUUAAUUUUAAAGCUGUUUUUUUUUUCAAAAUACGUUUAAAAUCGCCGUUAAAAAUAGCUUUAAAAUAGUAUAGCAAAUUGAAAUAUGUUUCUGAAACUGUUUUUAUCCUGUUUUUAUUCCGAUUUAUAACGUAUUUAAAAACUGUUUUAGACCUGUUUUGAGCCUUGCAAAAGCCCUGGAAUUUUUUAUAUAUUUUAAACGAAUUUUAAAAUACUUUAAAAUUCUUUUUUAAUAGCGUUUUAAACAGGUUAAAACACCUUUAAAAGCAGUCGAAAAAUACAUUAAAAAUACACUUUUCACCGUAUUUAAAACCUAUUUCACAAAACAAGUUAAAAACAGUUUUCAAAAUAGCUUAAAAAUACAUUCAAAACAGUGUUGGAUUUGGUAAAGGAGAGGCCGCGUGCGGCGGCCCGCCGUUGUGUCACAAAGUAAAUCUACCGAGUUGUGUAGCUCGGCAGCCGUUGUGCCACAAAGUGAAUCUACCGAGAUGUGAAGCUCGGCGGCGCCAUUUGAUCAUGACUUGUGAUCUUUUCGGCACCGGACAAACUUAGGAAAAACUUAUAAACCAGCCCAGAGUAGCGCCACUCUCGAGUCACUGAAAUCAACACGCUCGACCAAAUUACUGGAAAAGUUAUUGACGUGAGCCCCACACAUAUACUGAAAUAACAAGUAAAAUCACUACCCAUUCAUAUAUCUGAAACCUCCCUGUAUAGCUAGGCCAUCAAUUUUAGGAAAUAUCCCACCCACCCCUGGAUUAGUGAGGAUAAGUUUGUCGGUCGGCUUGCCGAAACGCUAAGAAUAAUGUUUUCCUUUCCUCGUAGAUAAGAACUCGACCCUUUUCGUCGUAUUUUCUUUGUUCAACGGUAGUGCUUUCAAGGUAUGGGCACAGGAAGGUGUGCAGUAUAUGAGAAUGAUAGAAGCUUGUUUGACAGAAAAGUUGAAACUCAUUCAAGACACGAAGCUUCUGAUAACUGGUUUGUUAUCACAAGUAAAAGAAAUUCCCAGCGAAACUCUUCAAGUGUGUAAUUUAGAUCUCCGCGGUAUUCCAACCAUGAUGCUAGAGAUUCUGAAAAAGCGAAGGCAUACAUUGGACCUCAUUUCAAUGAUGCAGGAAUUACAAAGGACGUGCAUUGAGAAAAUAUCUCUUCAAGAACCUCAACUUUCGAGGAAAUUCAGGGGAAGUAUUAAAAGUUUAGGGCAGAGUAUCAGAAAGAAAGUAAGAAUACAUGAAAAUUUGUCUUGUCUUCCGAGGCUUCAGCUUGAUGACGGGACAAAUGUUAAGGAAUUAUGA